AGUUGAUGAAGCCAUGUGGAGAGUGAAUGAAGCCAUGUGGAGAGUGGAUGAAGCCAUGUGGAGAGCGGAUAAAGCCAUGUGGAGAGCGGAUGAAGCCAUGUGGAGAGUGGAUGAAGCCAUGUGGAGAGUGGAUGAAGCCAUGUGGAGAGUGGAUGAAGCCAUGUGGAGAGUGGAUGAAGCCAUGUGGAGAGUGAAUGAAGCCAUGUGGAGAGUGGAUGAAGCCAUGUGGAGAGUGGAUGAAGCCACGUGGAGAGUGAAUGAAGUCAUGUGCAGAGUGGAUGAAGCCAUGUGGAGAGCGGAUGAAGCCAUGUGGAGAGCGGAUGAAGCCAUGUGGAGAGUGGAUGAAGUCAUGUGGAGAGUGAAUGAAGCCAUGUGGAGAGUGGAUGAAGUCAUGUGGAGAGUGGAUGAAGCCAU